CGAUCACCGUAUCCUCUUCACUACGGCCCAAGAUGUUCUCACGAAGCUUCGUUGGAGGCCAGCAGGCCGUUAAAGCUUUGCGAGGAUCAGCUGUCGCUCCACGAUGUCUCGCUGGACCUUCCACAGCUACGAGAUCGCUGGCGACACUCUCAUCAGACAUCUUCAAGCCGACCAAGUUCGGCGGAAAGUACACCGUCACCCUCAUUCCCGGCGAUGGUAUCGGUGCCGAAGUGUCUGAAUCGGUCAAGGAGAUCUUCAAGGCCGACAAUGUACCAAUAGAGUGGGAACAGGUGGACGUCUCUGGUAUGGAGACUGGUAACAAACACUCUGAAGAGCUCUUCAGGGAAUCAAUUGCUUCAUUGAAGCGUAACAAGCUUGGCCUGAAGGGUAUUCUCCACACACCAGUCGAACGAUCCGGUCACCAGUCCUUCAAUGUCGCGCUCCGCCAAGAGCUUGACAUCUAUGCCUCAAUCGUCCUUAUCAAGAACAUUCCUGGUUACGAGACCCGCCACAAAGAUGUCGAUCUUUGCAUUAUUCGUGAGAAUACUGAGGGUGAGUACUCGGGCUUGGAGCACCAGUCGGUCAACGGUGUUGUCGAGUCUCUCAAGAUCAUCACCCGGGCCAAGUCGGAGCGCAUCGCCAAAUUCGCCUUCGCUUUCUCGCUCGCCAACAACCGCAAGAAGGUCACUUGUAUCCACAAGGCAAACAUCAUGAAGCUUGCCGACGGUCUGUUCAGAAACACUUUCAAGAAGGUUGCUGAGGAUUACCCGACACUGGAAACCAACGACAUGAUUGUCGACAACGCUUCCAUGCAGUGUGUGUCCAGGCCACAACAGUUCGAUGUCAUGGUCAUGCCCAACCUUUACGGAGGUAUUCUCUCGAACAUUGGUGCUGGUCUGGUUGGUGGUGCAGGUGUUGUCCCCGGCUGCAACAUGGGUCGCGAUGUCGCCGUGUUCGAGCCUGGAUGCCGCCACGUCGGUCUAGAUAUCAAGGGCAAGGACCAGGCCAACCCUACAGCUCUUAUCCUCUCCGGCUCCAUGCUACUGCGCCACAUCGGGCUCGAUGACCAUGCCAACCGCAUCUCCAAGGCUGUGUACGACGUGAUUGGCGAGGGCAAGCACAGGACGCGUGACAUGGGCGGCGAGGCCACCACCCACCAAUUUACUCGAGCUGUCCUUGACAAGAUGGAGGCGUCCGCAUAGAUUUAUCAGCAUUUUCAGAUUAGAUGGUCCCCUUUGUUUUAGGUUCACGACGGAAGGAAGCGAUGAUCGAUGUGACUGAUGUAUUUCUAGGCCGUACAUAGCGCCGUACAUAGCGUGAUGCAUUUAGACCUUUGGAUCUUUCCCAAACUCCAGACGCCAUGCUCAUAAUGCAAUGUGACCUGAUCCCAUGAUGCUGGAAAGCCCACCUCAGAAAGCAAUAUUCCUUUUCCGGCCGGUGUAUUUCGAGUUCGGCUUCACUACCUUGCCCUUGGCCUCCAUCUGCUCC